UGAUGUAGGGGACAGGAGAGUCAGGUCCACGUAACAGUGUGGUGUGAGUGGCUCCCAUGAUGGUUUUUAGGAGCCUAAAAGCCUAAAAGGGGAGGCUAGUUCGGUGACAAGAAUCUCUCCUUUCACAAUGAGGCGAGUUCAUAAGGCUACUAGUGAUGUUUGAGUUUGAUCAUUUAUUAAGGCUGUUUGUCUCCUUUUGUUUUCUAGAAGGUUCUCAGAGUGACCAGCUUUCCCCGUGCUGUUUUAAAAGGCUUUUUCUCUGGGCCUGUAAUCUGAGAAGUAGAAAACCUUGUGUGGUAAAUGUAGGGAAGAAUCUUACAAAUCAGUUCUGAUUAAGUGUUCACUGGUCAGGAAAACUGCUGAUCUUUCCACAUGUGAAGAUGGCCAUAUUGAAGGAUGGGAUGUUUUCCACAGUAAUGUGUAGCAGGAGAUUUGUUAUGUUCACUUGGAGCUUGACUUCCAAUGUUUUGUGGGCCUCGUUCCAUCUUUCUUGUCUUUUCUGCCCUUUAAGGCAUUCAGAAUUGAUGAUAUGUAUCUGCUUAACACUUCCAUUCUGGGCUUCUAUGCAUUUAAGACUUGGAAGCAUGGGCAUGGUGGCUCAUGCUUUUAAUACUAGCACUCUGGAGGCAGAGGCAGGUGGAUCUCUCUUGAGUUUGAGGCCAGCCUGGUCUACAUAGUUUUCGACAGCCAGGGUUCUGUAAAGGGACUUUCUUCUCAAACAACCAAACAAAAGAACGCAAAGAACUGGAGCAGUGCUUCAUGGUAGAGCUCUUACCCAGCAUAUGCACAGAUUUAGUGUUGCCAACACCACAGAAAAAACUUGUUCCUUGUUACAUUCUCUAGUUCUUUCAGAAUAAAAAACCUAAAUGUGAACUGUUCCUUAACUUCCUGACAGGAGGACCACAUACCUUUUAUAAUGGCUGCUUGUUUUCUCUGAUCUCUGAGAUUUCUUUCCUUUUUAAAUUUUAGGUGAUUUCUGUUUAGUCUAAAUUAUUAUGCACUGCUUGUUGGUAGUCACUCUCCUGAUUCAUAUUUCCACCUGAUGGAAUGUGUCUGUCUUUAGAUUUCCCAAGUAAGAAGAGGAAGAGGAGCCGAUGGAACCAAGACACAAUGGAACAGAAGACAGUGAUUCCAGGCAUGCCUACAGUUAUCCCCCCUGGACUGACUCGGGAACAAGAAAGAGCUUAUAUAGGUCCCCUUCCCCUGAGCCCAUCUACAACAGCGAGGGGAAGCGUCUUAACACUCGAGAGUUCCGUACCCGCAAAAAGCUUGAAGAGGAGCGGCACACCCUCAUUACAGAGAUGGUUGCUCUCAACCCAGACUUUAAACCACCUGCAGAUUACAAGCCUCCAGCAACACGUGUGAGUGAUAAAGUCAUGAUCCCCCAAGACGAGUAUCCAGAAAUCAAUUUUGUGGGGCUCCUAAUUGGGCCCAGAGGGAACACCCUGAAGAACAUUGAGAAGGAAUGCAACGCCAAGAUCAUGAUACGGGGGAAAGGAUCAGUGAAAGAAGGGAAAGUUGGGCGUAAAGAUGGUCAGAUGUUGCCAGGGGAAGAUGAACCUCUUCAUGCUCUAGUCACUGCCAAUACAAUGGAGAAUGUCAAAAAGGCAGUAGAACAGAUCAGAAACAUCCUGAAGCAGGGUAUUGAGACCCCAGAGGACCAGAAUGACCUACGGAAAAUGCAGCUUCGAGAGUUGGCUCGCUUGAAUGGCACUCUUAGGGAAGACGAUAAUAGGAUCUUAAGACCCUGGCAGAGCUCAGAGACACGGAGCAUCACCAAUACUACCGUGUGUACCAAGUGUGGAGGGGCUGGUCACAUUGCUUCCGAUUGCAAAUUUCAGAGGCCUGGUGACCCUCAAUCAGCUCAGGAUAAAGCACGGAUGGAUAAAGAAUAUUUGUCCCUUAUGGCAGAGCUAGGGGAAGCUCCUGUCCCUGCAUCUGUGGGCUCCACCUCUGGGCCUGCCACCACACCCCUGGCCAGUGCACCAAGACCUGCUGCUCCUACCAGCAAUCCACCACCACCGUCUCUCAUGUCUACAACUCAGAGUCGCCCACCCUGGAUGAAUUCUGGUCCUUCAGAGAAUCGACCCUACCAUGGCAUGCAUGGAGGUGGUCCUGGUGGUCCUGGAGGUGGCCCCCACAGCUUCCCACACCCAUUACCCAGCCUGACAGGUGGGCAUGGUGGACAUCCAAUGCAGCAUAACCCAAAUGGACCACCACCACCUUGGAUGCAACCACCACCACCACCGAUGAACCAGGGCCCCCACCCACCUGGGCACCAUGGCCCUCCUCCAAUGGAUCAGUACCUGGGAAGUACGCCUGUGGGCUCUGGGGUCUAUCGCCUGCAUCAAGGAAAAGGUAUGAUGCCGCCGCCACCUAUGGGCAUGAUGCCGCCGCCUCCGCCACCUCCCAGUGGGCAGCCCCCGCCUCCUCCCUCUGGUCCUCUUCCUCCAUGGCAGCAGCAGCAGCAGCAGCCUCCGCCACCCCCUCCGCCCAGCAGCAGUAUGGCUUCCAGCACCCCCUUGCCAUGGCAGCAAAAUACGACGACUACCACCACGAGCGCUGGCACAGGGUCCAUCCCGCCAUGGCAACAGCAGCAGGCGGCUGCCGCAGCUUCUCCAGGAACCCCUCAGAUGCAAGGCAACCCCACUAUGGUGCCCCUGCCCCCCGGGGUCCAGCCGCCUCUGCCGCCCGGGGCCCCUCCCCCUCCGCCGCCUCCGCCACCUGGUUCCGCCGGCAUGAUGUAUGCCCCACCCCCUCCUCCUCCGCCUCCCAUGGACCCUUCUAACUUUGUCACCAUGAUGGGCAUGGGGGUGGCGGGCAUGCCGCCCUUCGGGAUGCCUCCAGCUCCCCCACCGCCUCCACCACAGAACUAGACUUGUUUUUUUAAGAAAAUAUAUAUUAUAUACAUAGAGA